AUGAAAGCGUUUGGCGACAUGAAUUUGAAGGCGUGUCCUUCUGGCGAUGCUAGGUGCUCCUGGCAGGGAGGCGGGUGGAGUCUACAUUCAAAAGGCAGGAAAGCACUGCCCCGUGGGUAUUCACUGGCUGACAGAGCGUCUUGCUGGGCUCAGCCUCCACGAGUGGCUGUGCUCUUGAUUGCGAUUUCCAAGCCGGUAGAUGCUCUACUGCGACACAGAUGGCCGUCGACACGUCAGGGUCGUGCCCCUGGCCGUCAUCGUGGAAAUGUAUGUACUCAUUCAACGCAUCGCUUGCUCGCUUCUUCUCGAGCCCGCCGCGUCACGAGCUUGGCGUGCCAUGGCUUCUGCACCGGCAUGAGCGAUGGCGGCAGCGGCUUAACCCUGCGAGAGUAUCAGUCAGCCAGUGUACAGCGAGCCGUUGGCCAGAAUGUCAUCAUCUCGCUGCCCACCAACUAUGGCAAGACAUUAAUCGCUGCCAAGGUUAUCGAUCAUGUCCUGAGCAGUCCGAACACACGCGAGAAGCACGUGCUUUUCAUCGUCCCGACGAAGGCCUUGGUGAGCCAGCAGGCAAAGUACUGCAGGAAUCAUUGCGACCAGAAACCCGCGGUGGACGAACUCUGCGGUAUGGAGAUGGAUAAGUGGGACGAGCUGAACUGGACGGCCUGUCUGCGACGACACCAGGUGUUGGUUGGUACCCCAGAGAUCUUUCGGCGCGCCAUGGACCAGGGCUUUCUCCUGGUCUCGCAACUGUCUCUGCUGGUCUUCGAUGAGUGCCAUCGCGCCAAGGGAAACCAUCCGAUGGCCGCAAUCAUGGCAGACUUCGUGCAACAUGCUCCGGAAAGUGAGCGACCUCGAAUUCUGGGACUGACGGCCAGCUUUUUCGACGGAGCGAUGAAGAACAGGAAGCAGGUGGAGAAGCACCGUUUGGAACUGGAGCUGCGGCUUCUUUCGUCUAUCUACAGCCCUGACCUUCCCGACGAUGCUUCAGCACUGACAGGGGAGGGCUCCCAGAAGACGUGGACGCGCGCGACCUGGAGCCCGGAUCCAGACGCGGCUGCUUGCGCAGCCGCUUUUGAGGAGCAGGUGUCGCACGGCCUGGGGAAAGUCAAGGAUGAGUUGGGGAAUGCGGCAGAAUACAAGGAUUUCAAGAAGAUGGGGUACCGCAUGCAGCAUGUCCUGAUGCAGAUGGGCAGAAGAGGCUUGCAAGACUACGUGCAGAAGUGCAUCGUGAAGCAGUUCGAGCGCAACAUCACAGAGUUGCUGGAAUUGCAGCAGCUCCCCGAGGAGGAUCGUCAGCAGAUGAAAGAGCUACUGGGAAAGCUGGGUGUGCUGGAGAAGUGCUUGAAAGCUCUGGAGCCAGAGAUGAUGCAGCUGCCCUCGGUACAGAGAUCCCCGACUGUUUCCACAAAACUGCUGAAGCUCCAAGCUUUGCUUCAGGAGGAGCCGCGGAAAAGUGGCAAAGGCAUCAUCUUCGUGGAGAGGGUGGCGCUGACCGUGCCCUUGGCCAUGGCAUUGAAUCGCGAUGCUGGUGAAAGCAUUGCCGAGGCCUUAUACGGCCAGAUGACGAAGCAAGAUACGGACCGCACCAUGCUCAAGCUGAGAGAGGGGCAGAUCAAGGUGGUGGUUUCAACGAACUCCCUCGAAGAAGGUAUUGAUGUUUGCGACUGCAACUGGGUGGUUCGAUACGACUGGUUUUCAACGACGAGGGCGCAUAUUCAGGGCAGUGGUCGUGCGAGAAGCCAGCAAGCUGAAAUCAUAUACUUUGAGAACGACCCCGAUGAGGAGGCGAGCAAGGCAACAGUCAUGACGAACGUGGCCAAGGAUGACCGGCUAAAGCUGAACGAGGAGGAACGAGACAUUCUCCAUCGCAACAGGCGAAGAAGCGCGGUGCCCGGCAUCUACCCGUUUGACAAUGAUGGGCACGGGCAGCGCAUCGACUUUUUCAAUUGCCAAACCAUUGUGACGGACUGGUGCCAACAAGUCUUGAAGGAGGCGUUUCGAUCAGAAGGGCUUUUUCCGAAUUACGGUGGCGCUGAGAUGGACACGUCUCGGCCAGCCGUCCGGGUGCCAACGCCUGAGGGCUUCCAGGUGAUAACAUCCCAGGAGAUCGACGAGCAUUGGAAAGGUGUGAGUCUCCAGCAAGUCAUCGACAAGGAGCGGCUGGACAACUUCUCCAAGGCGGAUCGAGCGAAGAGACGUUCUCUCUACGUUGCCGCCUGCAUACUGCGGAGGAGAGGAUAUCUGGAUGACCGGAACAUUGCCACCGUAAAAGCAAGGGAGCUUGCUGCAGCGAAGUGCUGCGAAGGACCACCUCCGAAGAAGCUGCGCUUCACCGGAAGCUUCGCUCGGAACGUGGAGCCCAAAGCUGGAAAUUACAAAGGUGCCCUCCAGGAGUUCCUUCAGCAGAUGUCGCCUCAUGCGAAGAUGCAGGACUUGCUUGAGUACAAGGGGGUGAUGGAUGAUCAAGGCUGGAGAGUGACAGUGAAGGUGACCACUCCACAGGAGAUCGCCACCAGCGACAACUUCGCAAACAAGAAGGCAGCGGAGCAAGAUGCCGCCAAGAAACUUCUGGAAAGGCUUUGCCAGCAUCAUGUCUCGUGCGCGUGA